AUGUCGUCAGACACUUCAAAGUACAAGUUCAACCAAAUCGGCAUCAGAGUCUCAGACCUCCAGCGUUCCUUGAACUUUUAUCAGGAAGUGCUGGGCAUGAAAGAACUUGCGCGUAUGGAAUUUGACACCGUGAAGAUUUGGUUUUUGGGAUAUCCUGAAGACUAUGCUGGUACAGAUGGAAGCGGAGCUGGGAGGUCGUUUUUGGCGAGAGAAGGCGUGCUGGAGUUGAUUUGGUCAGAACACUCCCGAAAACAUGUUACCAACAGCAACGAUCACGCAGGAUUUGGCUUCAUCAAGCUCUGCUUUACGGUUCCAGAUGUGUCGGCUUGCAUGAAACGAUUCGAAGCCAGCGGGGUUAAGAUCCUCAAGCAGCCUGGCAGCCCGCACGGCCUGGAAAUCGCGGCCCAGGCAAUUGGGGCUGAGAUGCCUGAGAAGGGAAGGAAUCAGGGGCUUUGGAAGGCCGUCACUGGGGCAGGGUUCGUAGAGGAUCCUGAUGGGUAUCUUGUAGAACUAGUACAGUAUUGA